CAAGUCUCCUGCGGGCUGACCGAGGACACACAGCCGAGUUUGCCUGCCCAAAAAGAAAAGUGCAUGAGGGAACUCUGGGGCGAUGAUGGAGGCCUGGCCGACAGUGGCCUGGGUCCUGCUCAUGACCAGCAUUGGUGAUUGGCUGAAAACUGUCCAGUCACGGGACUUUACCAUGACGGACAUCAUCCUGCUGCAUCCCUCAACUACUCCUCAUCCCGGCAGCUUCAAGUGCUUCACGUGUGAAGAUGCUGCAGAUAACUAUGAGUGUAACCGCUGGGCACCGGAUGUUUACUGUCCAAAAGGCGUACCAUGUCUUCCAGAUGCCAGAUACUGCCACACACUCCACAUGAUGGAUAACCACGGAGACAGCGUUUCUGUGACCAAGCGCUGUGCGACCCUGGAGGACUGCCAGUUUACCGGCUGUGCUGAUGUCACUGAUAAUGGCUAUAAGAUGUGCUCGUCCUGCUGUGAGGGGAACAUCUGUAACAUGUUGGUGCCGAGGAAUGCGAGUAGUGCCAUCUUCUCCUCGACUUCUCCUCUGGUCAGCUCGAGCAGAGGGGUUCUUCCUGCAACGCUGAGCUACAUUAUCAUCGGCCUCUUCACAGCUGGACAUGUUUAAACUCCACACCUGUGGGACAUGUAUCGCAUAUCAAACCCAACUUGAUAAAGGACACUUUUUGUGUAACUGUAAUUUUUUUUUAAAAAGAGUUUUAACAAACCUGCUACAUGCAUCAUCAGUUCAUGUUUAUUUCACCUUGCUCAGAGUACCAGAUUGAUUAGAUUACCAUCAUGUGGAUGUUUAGAAAAUUAGGACCAAUCGAAAAAAAAAACUGUUGAUACUGUACCAUACUCCUUUCAAAUUAGGUUCCCUUCCUCCUCUCAGACAAUUUUACAAUUUGUGUAAGCUUUUUUGUUAAUUUAUUCAUGAUAAGUGUGCUGUAACAGUAUUCAUGUGACUGUGUUGUUUAACCAUGUCAGUGUGUAUUUUAUAAGGUUUUAAUAUUAAAUUGAUUGUGUAACUGAUUCUAAUCUUUUUUAGUAUGUUAGAAGAAAAUACAAAAUAUAGAGUGAUGUCAAGUGACAUAACUGCAAUCAUCUUUUGGGAGGGCGAGGCCAAAGUGAUGGCCGGGGGGGUCAUGAGCCCCCAGUGCAACCUCAUCGGCCCCUUACCAGAGUAUGGAUGUGCUAUGGAUGGAUUACUGAGCAAAGCCACCAGGCACGGGUUAAGGGUCUUAAAGGCCCUGUCUCCACCCUAGUGUUUCCACCUCAAGCAGUACUUAU